GGUCUCUGGUCGCCUUUUUAUAGAUUUUGACAGUGAAGUAUUGAGGUGUGAGGUUAUAAAACAUGUUUUGAUUCAUAUUUUAAUGUACGAUAUAUAAUAAUCUAUUUAAAAUAUGAAAAGUCUAUUUUAAAAUAGGUGUCUGGUCUGAUCAAAAACAUACUUAAAAAAGGUUAAUUAAGUCAAAGAUGUUUUUAUAAUAAAUAGUGGUAAUACGUCGAAUUUCUAUGGAGUCAUCUGAUGAAAGUUUUGCUUGGACAAAUGCAUCAAAUGAUAAUAGCGAUAGUAAUGACGAUAAUGUAAACACAUUGAAAGUGAUUGACAAGAUGAAGUAUAAUAAAAUUAAUCAAUGUGAAGGCAAGUUUAAUUCAACUUACUUGAGUGAGGAGGACAUUGUAGAAAAAAAUCAGAGUAAAAAAGCAAAGAAGAGAAAGAAAUCUAUUGAAAACAAUUCAGAAUCUCCAAAGAAAAAACAUAUAAAGAUUGAGCAACAGAGUGAUGUAGAUGAAAAAAUCACUAAAACAAAAAUUAAACAUGAGUUUGAUAACAAUAGAGCGGGUGAUUCAGAUACUAGUUUCAAUGACACUUAUUUAAAUUUAUGUGUAAAGGAGGAACAAGCUUCUGAUAAUAUUAAGACAAAAAAAGCAAAGAAAAGUAAGAAAAAGAAAUUGUCAGUAAAUAGCAAUACAGAACAUGACGAAGUUGAUAAAAAAUAUGAAAUUGAAGAAGAUUCUAGACAGAGUUUUAUAAUAGAAGACAAAAUAACAGUAGAAGAAACAGUUGUAUCAAAACCAAUAAAUAACAAUAGUGAAUAUUUGAAUGAAGAAAGUUGUAUUAAACCAAAAAAGAAAAAGAAGAAACAUAAACAGUCAAUAUGUGAAAAUAAUGAUAUAUCUGAAAUUCAAACAAGUGUAAACAACUACACAGAUUCUAAUGAGGAGCUGGAUCAUAAUAAUCAUAAUAGUGGCCAAGCAGAUCAUAGUAUUGUUGAGAAUGGUAGUGCUGAUGACUCCAUUGAAAACUCACAAAAGUUAAAAAAUUCGAAGAAAAAUCGUAAGAUUUCAGAUAGAAUAAAAUUUGAAGAUGAUACCACUGAUGUUGAAUAUAAUAAUCACAAUGAUAGUACAAUCAUUGAAGAAAACAGGAUUGUUCCCAGUAAACAAAUGAAGCGAUACAUCAUAGAAAAUCCCAAUUUGCAAAAGCUGAAUAUUAAAAUUAGUAAUAAAAAUUUUGUUGUAACAGAAACGGAUGAAGUUUGGCUUUUUAAGUGUCCCCGCGACAUAGAUAUAACACAUUUGUCAGGGAUAAAACUAGAUGUCAGCAGUAAAAGCAAAGUUAAAAUUGAUGGGAAAAAUUAUGAUACAAUUGUAGACGAUAAUAUAAGCAGGUUACCUAUAUUAUCUUAUACAUCUGAAAAUAGAGUAAUAAUAAGAAAUGUAAAAUUAAAUGGCAGUUUAAGUUUGAAGAAAAGGCUACCUAAAACAAACCCACUAGGAAAAGAAAUGAUGGCGGAUGAUCACAUAAGUUAUAUUCCAUUACCAGAAACGAAAUGUCGCCAUCCCCUAUUUGGUGUUCACUAUAAAAAAUCAAUUAAAAUACCUGCUGAAAUUACAAAACGUUUAAAGGAGAAUUCAGAAACUCAUGAUGAUAUUGAUGAAGUGAGAAAGAAGAAGAAAAAAUAUAAGAAAGAGAAGAGACUGGUACAAGAGGAGGUUGAUAUAGAACCUCCAGAAGCUUUAAAGGUUGAAGCUGAUACAUUUAUAGUACAUAAAAAGAAAAAAGCAAACAAGCGAAAAUUUAGUGAAGUGGAUGAAAGUUCACCUCCAAAAAAGAAACGACUUAAACACAACCCUGAAGCCUCUGCCGAGACCUGGGAGUCUGAACAAGCAAUAGAAGAGACUCUUUUUAAUUUUUAAUAAAAUUUUACAUGCAAUA